GCCAGUCACUAGUCAGUCCGGUGUCCGACGUCCAACCAUUCAGUAAACGCACCGCCGCACGACUGUGUUCACUUGUGUUGUGUAGUCGUCACUCGUGCGUGUUUUUGUUUUUUUUUUGUCGUCGAUCGUCAAAUUAAUACCGUCUAGCACCUGAGCCAUUUAUUUCGAUUAUUGCAACUGUUUUUUUUUUUUUUUAAUUAUUAUUUGAUUUAUUAACUUAUUUUUUUGUUUUGGUGAUCUAAGAAAAAAAUUGUUAAUUAUUAAAAAAAAAAAAUAAAUAAAUAAAAUCUGGUGAUAAAGAAAUUAUUUAAGUUCACAGUAUUAGUAUAUUGUUGUUAAAUCGAGUUUCGUGCGCCAGAUGCUUGCAGUGACAGUUGCCAGUGUUCCUCGUCGCCGGUGUCUCCAGGAGGAGUAUCGUUGUUAACCGCGCGCGCGUGUGUCGUCGCCGUACGGUGAUCUUCGGCGUGUGUGUUCGUCGCGCGCAGCCGUCGUCGUCUCACCCGAUGGCUCUGAACGCCACUACGUGUUACAACAAGGCGGUGAUCGCGGGCUACGGGUCGUCGUACCCCAGCCCGCUGGCCGCCGCCGCCGGCGUACCGUCCGCCCUGAUGGUGGCCGCGGCCGCAGGAUCCGCGAGCGGAUCGCCGUCGUCUCGGUCCGGGUCGUCCGGGUCCGGUACCGGGCCUUCCGGGUACCGCGUCAAGGACUUCAACGUGCCCCUGCACGUCGACUGCAGCGUCGAGUACGAAAUGCCCAGCUCGGCCAAGCCGCCGGUGGGUGGCAAGGUCGAGCCGCUGCUCAUGAUCCACCCGUCGUAUUACCGGAAGGCCGAGAGCCGGACCCGCAGCCUGUUCGUCAACAACAUGCCCGCCGCCGCUGCCUCGUCGUCCGGCCGGAGCAGACCCUCGGUCGCCGCGGCCGCGGUCGGUGGCGUCUGCGGUAGGUCGGGCGUCUCCGCCGCCAUCGCGAACGCCGCCGACGGACCGCCGCCCGCGAAAAAACCGUACGCCGGACCGGCUCCCGGAGUGACCGCGUCCACCGCGGCCGGCGUUUACGGCAUGGUUACCGGCGCCGUGGCCGCCGCCGCCGGCGCGUCCCAGUGGCCCCCGUUGGGCUCCAGCGCCGAGCACCAACACCACGACGGCAAACGCACCCUAGACAUGGUCCAGCGGCAAUACCAACAGCACCUGCAGGCCAGUCUGCCGCCGCCGAUGAUGACGGCUGCCUUGCCCACCGACAAAACCCACAUGACAGUGCCGAAAGGGUGUUCUUGCUGCCAGGCGAAAUUAUUAAAGCGCAAAGCCCAACAACCGCCAUCGGUGCCUCAACAACAACCACAGCAACACCAUAUCCACCAUCACCAACAACAACAACAACAACUACAACAACAACACUUAUCGCAACCAUCUCAUUUACAACAACAACAACAACAACAACAACACCUCCAUCACCACCAGCAGCAGCAGCAACACCAUCAACAUCUUCAUCAUCAACAACAGCAGCAACACCACCAUCACCAGCAGCAGCAGCAACAACAACAGCAGCAACAACAACAACACAUCCAUCACCAUCAUCAUCAUCAACAGCAGCAACAACAGCAGCAGCAACAACAGCAGCAACACCAAGAGUACCACAAGUCGAGGCAAAACGAACCGCAAACUCCUCAGUUGUGGGGUUUUAACGGUACCAUCGCAGCGGUGUUGCGCAACGAGUACGGUGGCAAACCGACGAAAACGUUAGGACGUAUCACCGACCCUAUCAACAACAUCCUGACGCCCACGUACAUGUUCUGAGCGUCGGAGUUGAUAUGAUAUUUUUUAUUAUAUUUUGUGAUAGACUGUUAAAACAUAUAAAAAAAAAAACCACGUUCGGAU